CUCACUCCAUCGUCAACACAGUCACGUGUGUGUGUGUUUUGACGUCUCUUGUCCGACUCUCUUGGGUUGCGUGUGCGUGUGUUUUGUUGUCGACCUCGUGCCGAAGCACCAGUUCCAGGGGGGCGGUGUGACAUUUCGGAAGCAUGGCCGACGGUCCGGAGGCUGAUGUUGACGACCCGCCCGGUAUCCACGUCCUCCCGCUCAUCACCGUCUCCGAUCUGCCCGGUGCCACCGCGGCAGGCCGUAACCUGAAGGAAUGGCUCCAGGAGCAGUUCUGCGACCAGCCCCUGGAGCAGGACGACAUGCGGCUGCACGAUGCGGCCUACGUCGGCGAUCUGGACACCCUGAGGAACCUGGUGCAGGAAGACGGCUUCAGGCGGUGGGAGCGUAUCAACGAGAAGUCUGUUUGGUGUUGCGGCUGUCUGCCCUGCACGCCUCUGCGGAUCGCGGCCACGGCGGGACACGCCGCCUGCGUGGCCUACCUGAUCGGACAGGGCGCCGCGGUGGACUUGGUGGAUGUGAAAGGUCAGACGGCCCUCUACGUAGCCGUGGUGAACGGCCACCUGGACUGUGUCCGGAUCCACCUCGAAGCCGGAGCCGACCCCAACGGGAGUCGCCACCAUCGCAGCACGGCGCUGUACCACGCCGCGCGGGUGGGGAGGCUGGACCUGCUGCAGGAGCUCAUCAGGUUCAAUGCUGAUGUAAACAUGGACCACCAGCUGGGCCCCCGGCUCCUCUUAAGCGCCCGCACCCUCAACACCCUGGUGGUGUGUCCCCUCUACAUCAGCGCAGCCUACCACCACCUCCACUGUUUCCAGCUGCUGCUCCAGGCCAGCGCUCAGCCCGACUUUAACUACACGGGGCCCGUCUGCCAGGAGGCUCUGGCCCGCGGCCUGGCCUCCUGCCUGCUGGAUGCUGUGCUGCGGCACGGAUGUGAGGUGGCCUUCGUCCACCUGCUGCUGGACCACGGAGCCGACCCGGCCCGCGUGCCCUGGGACGGGUUGGAGCUGGAGGCUCCCAAUUGGAAGAAGGUGGAUCCGGAGGCGCUCAAGGUCUUCCUGGAGGCGAGGAGAAGCCCUCGCAGGCUGACCAACCUGUGUCGCAUUAGGAUCCGCAGGGCGAUGGGAAAAAAUGGCCUCAUCCACAUACCCUCGUUACCGCUGCCACAGCCCAUUAAGAACUUCCUGCGUCACCAAAACUGACAACCAUCCACCUUCUCCUCCUCUUUUGCAGAGCUCUUCUGUCCCAAAGCUUGAGG